AUGACAAUCCGUGGAUCCUUGUACACUCCUCCAAAUUAUCACAAAUCUUUAAGAGCUCAGUUGGCUGCUGCUUACUCAGGGGCUUCCCUUGAAGUUCAUGAUUAUUGUCCCGGUAAUGCUCUUCCGAGUGCAGUAAACAAGUGCCCAACUGAUGUGGCUCCAUUAUUCCGCGCUGAGGAUGGUACCGUACUCUUCGAAGCCAACGCUAUCGCUUACUUUGUUGGAAACAGCCAACUUAGGGGGGAUAAGGAAGAAGCCUUUGUAACUCAAUGGAAUAAUUUCACAGAUCAGGUUCUCCUUCCAUCUGUUGCUUCCUGGUAUUACCCACUUCUUGGUGCAACUGCCUACAAUAAGGGUCUCGUCAACAAGGCCCAGGAGAAUGUGAAGAAGGUUCUCACUAAUUUGAACAGCUUCCUUGAGUCAAGAACCUACUUUGUCAGUGAACACAUAACUCAGGCUGAUUUGACUAUCUUCACUGUUCUCAAAUUGGCCUUUGAGAACCUCUUGGAUGCUGGCUGUCGUGAACACUAUCCCCAUGUUUUGAGAUGGUACACAACCAUCGCCAAUCAACCCGAAGUUAAGAAAGUUGUCGGUGAGAUGCAUCUAUGCGAAAAGACGAUUGCUUUCGACCCUAAGAAUGCUUCUAAUGCCAACGCCGACAUGCACAAAGGGGGUAGUAAGAAACGGGAAAAGAAGCAGCCGCAGCAGCAGCAACAACAAAAACAAAAUCAGGAGCCAACAAAGACCACCGAACCCGAGAAGAAGGAAGAGAAGCCCAAAGAGAAAGUAAAGACUACAAAAGACAUUCUGAGCGCUCUUCCUGCCAGUUCCUUCGUCUUUGAUGACUUCAAGAGGGUCUUUUCUAACGAGCCCGUGGAAAAAGCGAUGGAGUAUUUGGAGAAGCACUAUGAUCCCAAGUGUGACUCAAUUUGGACCUGUGAAUACAAGUAUCCUGAUGAUCUCAACUUGAUUUUCAUGACGACCAACCUUGUGAGGGGAAUGAUGCAACGUCUUGAUGCUAUGAGAAAGUGGGCCUUUGGUAUCAUGAAUGUUAUCGGUGUUGACAAGAACAAUACCAUUGAAGGUCUUUGGAUUUGGCGUGGAACUGGUUUGAUUUUCGAAUUGAGUGAUGACCUUAGUGCUGAUUAUGAUUGCUACACUUGGAAGAAGAUUGAGCUGGAUUCACCAGAAGCUAAGGUCCUCAUUGCCGAUUAUCUUGCUCAGCCAGAUACCAUCCGGGGCAAGACUGUUGCUGAUUCCCUUGCUUAUAAGUAA